CAUGCGCCGCUCUUGGAGCGCUGUGCUUCGGCCUGUUCCGCGGCCGCUCGGUCAUUUUCGCCUCUUUGUUGUACUGAGAGUGGAUUUAACUCGGAACCGUUCCACGAUCCGGCUGACUCCGACGCUCCUUGAACAGGCUCGGAUGAGAAGCUCUCCAUGAUGUGGAGCUAACGCCACCGGCUGCUCAACCCAGCAGGAAUCGACGUGGACGCUGAGACAUCCACAGCCAACGCAUGGCGGUAUUAGGGAACCCCGACAUGCUGACGAGGAAGAUCAAGCUCUGUCACAUCAACGCCCACAUCACGUGUCGGCUGUGCGACGGCUACCUGAUCGACGCCACCACCGUCACGGAGUGUUUGCACACGUUCUGUCGAAGCUGCCUUGUGAAGUAUCUAGAAGAGAACAACACAUGUCCCACAUGCAGAAUUGUUAUUCAUCAGAGCCAUCCACUGCAGUACAUUGGCCAUGACAGAACAAUGCAAGAUAUUGUUUAUAAGUUGGUACCUGGUCUUCAAGAGGCGGAGAUAAAGAAGCAGCGAGACUUCUACCAGAAGUUGGGCAUGGAGGUGCCUGGUGACAUUAAAGGAGAGCUGUGCAACAUGAAGACGCAUCUGGAUCAGCGAAACGGAGACAGUAAACCUGAGGACACACCCAAUAAGGAAGGAGAGGAGAAAGCAGAGGAGGACAACGACUAUCACCGUAGCGAUGAACAGGUAAGCAUAUGCCUGGAGUGCAACAGCAGCAAACUCCGAGGCCUGAAACGUAAGUGGAUCCGCUGCUCGGCGCAGGCCACAGUCCUCCACCUCAAGAAGUUCAUAGCCAAAAAGCUCAACCUGACCUCCUUUAAUGAGUUGGAUAUUUUAUGCAAUGAGGAAAUACUAGGCAAGGACCACACGUUGAAAUUUGUCGUUGUGACGAGAUGGAGAUUUAAGAAAUCUCCCCUCCUGCUCCAUUACAGACCUAAGAUGGAUCUGCUGUAGCUCAAAUGGACACACACAAUACUUUUUUUUUUUUU